AUGAUCGAUAUAUAUUUAACCAACUUAGAUAUAAAAUCCUAACUUAAAAAAGCCGUAUCUACUAUAAGCUGUAAGUAUUGUUGAUAUAUUUUAGAAUAAAAUCACUAUAAGAGAAUAAAUGAGGAAUUUUCUGAAAUAGGGCUAUUUUGCAGAAAAAUUGUAAAAAGAGAUUUGAUAAGCGAAAAUUUAUGCAAUUAAGAAGAAGCUUAGAAAAAUAAGAAAGAAGAUGAAGAAAAAAAGUAACAAAAAGUGGAUACACAUAAUUAAAUGUAUUGAUUAAAUAAAAAUAGUAUUAGGAACAAAAUAAUUGACGAAUAGAAAUAAGAUCUGAUACUAGAAUGUUAAAUAGAGAAUUCGAUUCAAUAUAUUAGUGGAGAAACAUUGGUAUUUAUUGUAAUAAUAAUUGUUUAGAUUAAGGAAAUAAAUAAUCCAGAUUUAGUCUUAUAUGAUUGCCGAUACUUAUAUGAAUUUUAAGGUGGGCAUAUAAAAGGAGCUAUUCAUAUGAAUCAUUCUAUGAGUUUAUUUGAGGAGCUUUUUAGUGUAGCGAAUAAAACAAAUAAAAUUAUUGUGUUAUAUUGCGAAUAUUCUGUUAAAAGAAGUUUAGAAAGGUAUUAAAUAAAAUUUAUUUAGAUAUUUUGAGAUCCGUAAAUUAGACAGAAAUACAAACUAAUAUCCAUAAUUGACUUAUAAUAAUCUCUAUCUCUUGUCUUAAGGGUAUUCAGAAUUCUAUAAAAAUUUUCCUCAAAUGUGUAAUGGUUGCUAUAUUUAAAUGAAUGAUACUUAAUAUAAAUCACAGAUGUAGUAAGAAUUACAAGAAAGAAGUAUUAUAAAAUAGAAAAGUAGACAAUAGUAAUUAUAAAAAAAGCUGUUUAUUUUUUAUACUUAAUGA